AUGGUCACAUGGCAGAAGUUCCUACGUUCUUGGCUGGACAAUGACUGGCUCAGUUGGGGUGCGGGAGCCUUGCUGUCGGUGAACCUUGGGUUCUUUGGCACCUGUGGCCUGCUCGAGACGAUGAUCAGCAGUGGCUUAGCCCGCAGGUCCUACAUCGAAUACGGCCAGCCGCGCGAAGCAGCUUUGGCAAAGACCCGAGAGAAGAUCCCCUUUUGGACGCAGCUUCGCGUCAGUGCCUGGACCCUGCUGGGGCCCGCGGCACUCCUGAACUCGGCCCUGGCCGCAGUGGUCCUGCCUCGGAUGGUGAGUCCUGGCCGUUCCUUCCCGCUGCUCCCGGGGCGUGUUGACUUCCUGUGCAAGUUUGUGGCGAUGGAGCUCAUUGGCGAUUUCUUGCUGUAUGUUGGCCACCGCAUUCUGCACGAGUACCUAUGGGACUACCACAAGUACCAUCAUAAGAUUGACACCCCGACGCCGGCGAGUACUGCAUGCAUCGACGGCCUUGAUGUGACGAUACAAUCCGGCAUUCCCACUGUCAUGUGCGCGCUGCUGACCCAGCCGCACCCUUUGACCUUCUACGCCUGCACAUGUGCCCGUGUGGCCGAGAAUGUGGUGAACCACAGUGGCAUGGACCAUUGGCUGAUAAACUUGAUCUUCUUGAAAGACCUCCCAUUUCGUGCAGGAGUUGCGGUGCAUGACGCGCACCACAAGUAUUCGAACUACGCGGAGAACGCGAAGAACUUCGGAGAGAACUUCUUGCUGUGGGACUGGGCGUUUGGAACGCUGGGCAAGGUCGAGGCGACGACUCGCAGAGGCUCUGAGCCCCUUUGA